CUUAGGCUCUUUCUUCUUCUGCAUCACAUCACACUAUCAUUCACCUUCAUUGUUUUCUUAUUUUACAACUUCAUACUCCACUCAAUUGAAUUUCACAUCCCUUUUUCUUAUUUUCUAUUUUUCAUCAUUUCUCUACUUGGCUCCAUCAAUUUUUGUUUUUCAUAUAGAUCGCUUGAAAUUUUUGUUGUCACGUUGAUACCCUUUUGACAACUGGAGACUCCACAUGCAUAUAAAAUUUAUAUUUUGAAUUUUAUCAAACAAUUGCUUAUAGCUAUAGUUUUUUUUUUGUAUACCCUAGUUUCAUCAUGUAAAAGAUGCAGUGAAAUAAAUAGUAAAAUCAUCUUAUAGUCAUAACCAUGUCUAUUAUCUGUUUGUUUUAAGAUGUGAAAGAAGGAUCUUGGAGUCUGAUCCUCUGUAGCACCGACACCUUGACGUUGACACUUGUGAUUACUUUUAAUUUAUUCAAUUUUUUCAAAUUAUUCAAUUUUUUCAAAUUAUUCAAUUUUUUCAAAUUAUUACCGGUGUUGAUGUGUCGAUGUCAUGUCUGGUGAUGGUGUCUGUGUCCGUGCGUCCAUCAAUUUCAAAUUUAGUACAGUUAGCUAUAUAUAUUGCUUAGUGUUUCAAUUCUUUAUUAUUUCUAUAUAAAAUUGUUUUGAUGAUCUGGUUCUGUCUUUUUCUUUGUGUUGGUUUGUAUUAGGGCUAUUGAAGUUUUUCAAACCAUGGCUCUCUCUGGUGAUCAUAAGAACAGAGGAGAGUUGAGGAUUUAUGACAGUGAGGAUGAGGUGAAGACUGUUUUGGCCGAGUACAUUGCGGAUGUGUCGGACGCGGCUGUGCAGGAGCAUGGAUUUUUUACCCUUGCUAUAUCUGGUGGUUCUCUCAUUGACUUAAUGGGAAAACUCUUGCAACCUCCAUAUAACAAGACAGUGGAUUGGACCAAGUGGUAUAUCUUUUGGGCUGACGAGUGUGUUGUGUCGAAAAGUCACGAGGAUAGCUGUUUUAAGCAUGCUAAAGAUUUGUUUUUGUCUAAGGUGCCUAUAGUCCCCAGUCACGUGAUUUCUAUUAAUGAUUCUGUGUCAGCAGAAGAAGCUGCUGAUGAUUAUGAGUUUGUCAUCCGGCAGUUAGUGAGAACCCGAGUUAUCAACGUGUCUGAGAUUAGUGACUGCCCAAAAUUUGAUCUCAUUCUGCUUGAACUGGGUACUGAUGGACAUGUUGCAUCUUUAUUUCCAAAUCACCCAGCACUUGAUGAAAGAGAAGAAUGGGUAACUUUCAUUAUUGACUCUCCUAUACCCCCACCUGAGAGAAUCACAUUCACUUUGCCUGUUAUCAAUUCUGCAUCCAAUGUAGCAGUGGUCGCAGCAGGUGAAAGCAAAGCAGAUGCUGUACUGUUGGCAGUUGAUGAGAGCGGACCCGAUUGCCUGUCAAUACCAGGAAGAAUGGUCCAACCAGCUAACGGGAAGUUGGUGUGGUUUUUGGAUAAGUUGGCUACCACAAAACUUGAAGACUCCGACUUGAACAAUUGGUAUAUGAAGUCCCUAGCAGAAGUGUAAGUUUGUAUGUAGUGUUAAGGGAUUUGACACAUGUUGAUCUUGCACAUUUAUUUUGUUUUGGAGAGAAAGUCUGUUUUUUUUUUCUCCCCUUUUUAUGCUCUCUACUAGGAGGUUGUUUGGAGAAGUAUGGUAUAAUUUUUGUAAGCGGCCAAUAAAAGCUGAGAGCAUUAUUCUAACUUCCUUCUUUCCUUCUAAAUCCUCAUUGGGUUAUUAGUUAUAAUGAUGGUGUCCUUUUUUUCCAA